AAGGUUUAAAAGGAGAAGUAUUUUGUGUCAUUGCGCUUUAGAUGUGGUUCAGUUUUUGAGAUGGAAACGAGCAACAGCAGUAAGUCAGCAAUGUCCAUCAACAAUGGGUCUGCAUCAUGUAGUAGUAGCGGUGGAGCUGCUUUACGGCGGCCAAAAUGUGCUCGAUGCCGCAAUCACGGAGUCAUUUCUUGGCUCAAAGGCCACAAACGUCAUUGUCGCUUCAAGGAUUGCCUUUGCGUCAAAUGUAAUUUGAUCGCAGAGAGGCAACGUGUGAUGGCUGCUCAGGUAGCAUUGAAACGACAACAAGCUACCGAAGAUGCUAUCGCUCUUGGAUUGCGCUCUGUCGCCACUGGAACCCGGAUGCCUUUCUUACCACCUGGGCCCAUAUUUGGAGGACGAGAUUCACCCAAGAAGGAAGAUACACUUGACGAAUCGAUGUACAACUCUGGUUCGGAUGACGAGGAGCUGCAAGCCAUCGGCCAAGAACAUCAACAGCGAACGGUAGAAAAGGUUCUGAAUUUAGCACUGAAUAAUAACGACGAUCCUGAAAUCAGCGAGUCACCAGCGGGGACCAAUAAGGAACGAAUUCUUCAGCAUCACGGAUCACUUGACAUGCUGACCAGAGUCUUUCCGUUCCAUCCUAAAAAUGCAGUAGAAAGUGCAUUGGAGAAUUGUGGCGGGGACGUCGCUAAAGCUGUCCAGCAGUUAGUUGGCCAUCAACCGAACCAUCAAUCGUCCUCGACAGACAUUGUCAUGAUGACUAAUGCUGAAGAUGGAACUAUGGUGACUUCAAGUAAGGCCAACAACGGUGGAAGUAACUAUUUAAUGACAACAAGCGGCUCAAAUAAAUCCGCCUUCAUGCCCACGACAUCCUUACUCUCGGUACCGGAAAUAUCGUCACCCAAUCGUUCGCAGUACGGACAUCAGAUGUCUGCUUCUGUAUCUUCAUCAACAUCAAUGGCCUAUCCUUCAGCUUUGAGAAUGAUGCCACCCUAUCCUUCGGCCGCCGGAAUGAUGUCAUUUUUGCACCCGUCGGCUUAUUUCGCCGCCGCGGCCUCUGCAGCCGCUGCUGCGGCCAGCAAUCCACAUUCAUACCCUUGGCUUUUUUCUAGCCAUUACAGGCCGCCUAGCCAGCAUCACCAAUUCCAGCAUAUUUGUUUGCCAGGAUGCUCGGUAUGUCCAAUUUCUACCACAUCAGGCACGUCCUCGACAUCAUCUUCGUCCUCACCCGGUGAAGGCGUUGGUUGUAAUCCCAAUAACAGCAACGUGAAAACCUCUACUUUAAUGUUGUCCUCAUCACCAGAUAGAUUGUUCAAGACUAACAUCGGCAGGAAUAAAGAUUUGCUAUUCCAGCACAGCAGUGGUGGGAACAACUUUCCCUGAUUAGUUUCUUGUCAAUUUUGUUGCAUGAAAACUCUUUUUUUUUUUGCAAAUUCGUUUUCUUCCUGUAGUGUAUCGUUUAUCAAUAUUCAAAGGCUAAUUCAUCUGUAACUGUAAUUCAGCUUUCCGUUUGGGUAUAUAUUUUCAUGUAUUCACUUUUUUUCGUUCUGGCAAGGAUGAUGUACAGUACCUGUAAGUGCAAUACAUGCGUCAUUAUCAUUUAAAA